GCAGCCACGCGCGCUCGGUUUGCCUGGGAAAGGGCGAGGCGCCCGGUGGAACGUUGGGCCGUCUCUUUCGGAACGUUGGGACAUUUUGGAACGCCGACGGUUCCCUGCGGCGCGGAGGCGAGGCCCGGCCCGGCUCGCGCAAGAGGGCGGCUCUUCGGGGAGCGCGCUGGGGCUGGAGUCCCGCCGGCGGGGCCCUGCGGGGUUUGGCUGAGCGAUCCGCUCGGGGUCCGCAGUUCGAUGGUUGGUUCAGACCGCGAUGAGCCGCCCGUCCUCCGCCGGCCCCGGUGCUAACAAACCUUGCGGCAAGCAGCAGCAGCACGCGCCGUCCCCGGCUGCUGCCCCCGCCGCGGCCGCCGCCAGCGCCGCCACCAUCUCGGCUGCCGCGGCCGGCUCCGCCGCGGUCCCCGCCGCGGCCGCCGUCCUCUCCAGCCCCGGCGGGGGCGAAGGCAGCGGGGGGCCGGUCUCGCCCCAGCACCACGAGCUGACCUCGCUCUUCGAGUGCCCCGUCUGCUUCGACUAUGUGCUGCCUCCGAUCCUGCAGUGCCAGGCCGGACACUUGGUGUGCAACCAAUGCCGGCAGAAGCUGAGCUGCUGCCCCACGUGCAGGGGAUCUCUCACCCCCAGCAUCAGGAACCUGGCCAUGGAGAAGGUGGCCUCGGCCGUCCUUUUCCCCUGCAAGUAUGCCACCACGGGCUGUUCUCUGACGCUCCAUCACACGGAAAAGCCGGAACACGAAGACAUUUGUGAAUACCGCCCAUACUCCUGUCCGUGCCCUGGUGCCUCUUGCAAAUGGCAGGGCUCGUUAGAAGCGGUCAUGUCUCAUCUCAUGCACGCCCACAAGAGCAUUACCACCCUGCAAGGAGAAGACAUCGUCUUCCUCGCCACAGACAUUAAUUUGCCGGGGGCCGUUGACUGGGUGAUGAUGCAGUCGUGCUUCGGACACCACUUCAUGCUGGUGCUGGAGAAGCAGGAGAAGUAUGAGGGCCACCAGCAGUUCUUUGCCAUCGUCCUGCUCAUCGGCACCCGCAAGCAAGCCGAGAACUUUGCAUACAGACUCGAAUUGAACGGCAAUCGGCGAAGGCUGACUUGGGAGGCCACACCGCGGUCCAUCCAUGAUGGCGUGGCAGCGGCCAUUAUGAACAGUGACUGUCUUGUUUUUGACACUGCCAUAGCACACCUUUUUGCAGACAAUGGAAACCUUGGAAUCAAUGUCACUAUUUCUACAUGUUGUCCGUGAAAUUUCCGUGUAAUUAGUGAGGCGAUAUGGUUGUCUGGACAUAGUGUUUUUUCAUUCAUGCUUUUUAAAAUGGUAUUCAACUAUGUCUUCAUAAGUAGUAGGGUUCUUACUUAGCCUACCAUUUUGUAACUCCCCCUCUCCCCCCUUGGGUUCUUUCUUAAAGCACAGAUAACAGGGCCAUCAGACUGACAGAAGACAAGUUUGUCCUGUUCAUCUGAAAUGGAAAGUUUAUCUUUUAAAAAAACACACAUUGGAUGUGUUUUUUUAGAGGGGAAAACGGUUUCCUUUUGUUGAAAAGCAAAGUUUUGUUAAAGCUAUGGAAAAGGAAGAGAAUAGCAGAAAAAGAAGAGGCAGGUUAUGGGUGCACAGGAUGAGGUGGUAACAGUCUUGAGAAGCUAGAAUGGUGUGCACUGCUUUGGAAUGCUCCCCACACCUUUCAUAAGCUGAAGCCCUAGUACGCUGGGGAGAGUGGCCCCUCCCUGUUGUAAUUUUUCUACAUACAGGAAUUUUUUAAUAGGAAGGGUGUAUUCAAAAAUGUAGACUUUCACUCGCAGCAAAACACUGUCACCUCAGGAUUCUACCAGCUCAUUCGGCUGCAGUUGUAGCUGCCUCUUGGUGGAAAAUGAGGACAUUCUUCAUGAUGGGUCCUGUAAACAAGAAAUUCAGAGGGGAAUUGGGAAGGAUGAGCUUUACUAGUUAAGAUGGUGACACAGGAACAGAAAGUACUUUGUCCUGUUGUUGCUGUGGCUUAUGUUGGCUGUUAUUUUUUUUAAAAAAAUUGGUUUGUCCUGUUACAAGAGAACAGCCCCAUACGUCUGUAAAAUGUUUGACCCUCUUCCUCAUCCAUCCAUUUCAGCAAGAGCUGAAGAGGCUGAGCACUUUGCGAGAGCCACUUUGGUCUAGGUUGCAAAAAACCCAAGAUGUUUUUGAGUCGUUAAAAGUAGACCCCAUCUAUAAAUAUAUCCAGGUUGUUUACAUAUGGCUGCCCUUUGGGAAGACAUACUUGACAUCCACAUUGUAAAGACUGACUAAAAUAACACCUUACCAGCCUGUGUCUUGUCCUUUUUGCUAUUUAAGCUUUUUUUUGUUG